AUGUCUUUUACUAAAAUUGACCUUGAGAGAAAACUAAAAGAAGCUUCUGGAUUUAAAGAAAAAAUGCAAAACGAGUUCUCAGAGAAUUCGAGGUGCUCAACUUGGACGAGACGCAAAUGGCAAGAGUUAGAAAAGCGAAAAAUAAUUUAUCAAAAUGAGUUACAAAAAAUCAGAAAUUUAAGUAUAAAUGAUUGUGAGUUGGAAGCACUGAUCAAUGAAAAUACAGAAAUAAAAGCCAAAUAUGAUAAUUUUAACGAAAAAAUUAAUGAAAUUUCUAAUGACUUGGAACUUUUUAUUCAAGAAAUUAUAGAAGUUUCCUAUGUUUGGCGCUGUAAGGCCGAUAAAUUCUGAUCGGAAUUUAUCGGUAGGUUGCACCAAAUCAAUGCCUUGGUCGGACCAAAAAGCGAUUUGGUCCGACGAACUUGGAAAGCUCCUGGGAAAAUGUCUGCGCUUUUAGCGCUAUAUAGAGGAAACCUCUAUAGUUUUGAAAGCAGAUUUUUAUACAGGUCGGAAAGAAACCCCUAUGGCUCACAAAUUUUGGUUAUUGAUAUCGUAAAACAUCAGAGGACAGUAAAAAUAGUUAAUUCUGAACCUUUAAUAGACGAAGGAACUACAAUUGUAAAUCUCCCUAAUUACGAGCUUUUCUGCUACAGCAAUUGGAGGCAUAAACCUUGAGGGAUUUCAGGGGCAUCUCUUAUAGUUGAUCUUAUUAGCUUUACAAUCAAAAAAAUAUUGCCUCCAGGGCUUCCCAUAAGAUAUUCAGGUGGAGUAUAUUGGAAUAACUCAAUUUAUAUCUUUGGAGGCUAUGAUGGUAGCAAAAUUAAAAGUAUUGCUAGCUCCUCUCAAAUAUCUAGACUUGCUCUCUUCUAAGACAGCAAAAUUUCAAUUAAAAAAAUUAAAUUAUUUAUUAUUAAUAACUGAGAAAAUUUUAUUUGCUGCUUUGGCUAAGCUAAUUAUGAAUUGCCAUAAGACUAAUUUUUAGAAUUUAUAAUUCUAGAGUAAAAGAUUUGAUUUAGUUCAAAAUAGAUGAUAUCAUAUUUGUGAUCUGCCCAAAGAAAGUGAUUAUACCUCAUGUAUUGUCUUUAAUAGGAAAAUUCUAAUAUCUGGACUUAGCCAUACAGACAUAUAUGAAUACGAUGAAGUUAUUGACGAAUACUCUGAAAUUCAUGUAAAAGCUCUUAAAUGGAGAAAAGAAAGACAGCUGAUUUUAGGAAAUUCAAGAGCGUAUAUAAUACAAUUUCCUUGGUCUAUUUUUGAAAGCAGAGUUAAUGAUCAAUAUCAUUGGCGCUAUAUAGAUGAUUAUAAGAAUCAUAUCCGCCUUUCCGUUUUCAGCAAUUUAUAGGUAGAUAAAAGCCUUAAUUUAGGAAAUUUUCAAACAAAUUAAUUUUAAUCCAAAAAUAUAUGUGCAAAUUUCCCGGCAUACAAUAUUGGAGAAAUAAAAAUUCAGCCUUAUAUUUUCAAUCAAGAAAAAGUCCAUAAAAACGCUAUUUUUGUUAAUUUUAAGACUUCAAAAUGCAGUUAUUUCUUGAAAUUUGAUUUUUUCAAUAAGACGAUAGAAGAAAUAAAAAUUAGUGAUUUGACCUUUAUAUUAAACAAAAAAUAA